CGGAGCAUGGAGCCGGCGCCACGCCGCUUCUCCGAGGAGCAGUUUCGGGCCGCGUGCCGCGAGCUGGACGCGCCGGCGGCGGCGGGGGGCGCCUGGCAGCUGCUGGUGGAGAGCAUGGGCGUGCGGAUCUACCGGCAGCGCCACGAGCAAUCAGGACUUUAUGAAUACAAAAUCUAUGGUGGUCUUGCCGACUGUCCACCAGAACUGUGUGCAGAUGUCUACAUGGAUUUAGAUUUUAGAAAACAAUGGGAUCAGUAUGUUAAAGAACUGUGUGAGAAAACUUAUGACGGUGAAAAAAUAAUCUACUGGGAAGUGAAGUACCCUUUUCCUCUCUCAAACAGAGACUAUGUCUAUAUUCGUGAGUGCCGAGUGCUGGAUGUUGACGGGCGGAAGAUCUGGGUUGUGUUAGCUCAGAGUGUGUCUGUUCCUCAGUACCCAGAAAAGCCCGGGAUCAUCAGAGUUCAAAGCUACAAACAAAGUCUUGCAAUUGAAAGUGAUGGAAAGACUGGAUCUAAAGUCUAUAUGUACUAUUUUGAUAAUCCUGGUGGCAUGCUCCCAUCGUGGCUGGUCAACUGGGCUGCCAAGAGUGGUGUGCCUGCUUUCUUGAAGGACAUGCAAAAUGCUUGCCGUAAUUAUUCCAAGAGCACAUAGGCCACAUCAAAAUUUAUUUGGACUUCUAGAGUUAUGCAGUUACAGGAAUGGCUAUCAUACAACACACAAGGUAACACCUACCUCUAACACUGGAAAUCAUUUUGUUUCAGUUGGCUUAUGCCUUGAAUUUUAUUAGGCCUUUGUUUCCAUCUCAAACGGAACAGCUAGGAAUCAAGGUAUUACCAAAGUCAGCUGCCUCCUUUUCAAAGUACUUCAUUUUUGUCUCGGCCCCAGCUUUGUGCUGCUUGUCUGUAGCUCACCUAGAGGAAUUCCACAUCCUCGGACAAGAGAUGCCAACAACCUUGCUAGGAAAUGAUGCCUCAACUAGUCCUGAGCAUUGUGUGCGUGUGUUAUGCCUGGCCUUGCGAGUUGGCUUCCUACUGAAAUACAGUAAUGGAUUUGCAGUGUCUGGGUGGAAACAGUCUUGUUAACUGGACUGGUCAUUCUUGAACUAUCUGCCUGCAAAAAAUAUAAAAGGUAAAUUAUUUAAAGUUUAUGAUAGGAACUGGAACUCUGUAUUACUAAAUUUGAAGCACCUUUGAGUGGGGAAUAGAGUGAAUGAAGGGUGUGAAGGCCUUAAUCUCAGGGAUUUGGAAUAUUCUGCCUCUUUGCUACAUCUGAUCCUGCUGCUUCUUGUAACUGGGUAUCUGUGUUUUGUUAAAGAAGAAAUGAUUGAAGUGACUGCCUUUGUAUGUUGUAUCUAUGUUGGUUUAAAUUAAAUUAUUAUCCUAUACACAGAAUGCAGUCCUUUUGUUCCACCUCUCAUGUUUAAGGCUGGCUGGUGCUUAAGGCUGGGCAAGUCACAAUGACAGGCUGACAACAUGUGCUGCUUCAUUUCUAAAGCCUCUAGGAGAAUAACUUGGAUUCAUGCAAAUUUACUAGGAUUCCCUGUGCACUGAUGCCGCUGCUGCCUGCAGUCCAACCAUUUCCCAAGCAUCUUUGGGUACCAUUACUUAAUAGAGUAUUAUGGUAUUACUAUGGGGUUGACUGUCAAUCCAGUUUAAAUUGAAUCUGUUAAGCAAAUUUCUUCAAGUGGGUGAAGAACACAAACAGCUAGAGAAAAUCUGGAACCAUCAUUUACCUUAAUUUUCUGUAAUUUCUGCACCCAUGCACUUAUUGCACCUGCAUUUAAAUUUUUACUUGUAUGUAUUUCUAAAAUGAACUACAAUCCUGUCCUAUCAAGAGUAUGAUGGUGUUUUAAUUGAGUAUAUCAAACCUUAAAUUACCGCUCUUUCAUUUUUGGCAGUGUUUCCAAACUAAAUUUUUGGAGGAUAAUUCAGAAGCUACUUUUAGCAGUGUGCUAGGUAUUUAGGAAUUCAAAUACCAUAACCCUUCAAAAGGAUACCAAAAUAACUUUGGAACAAUCGAAUGGGUACAAACUAUGUCCUGGAGCAAAGGAGCUCCAGGUAGAUUGUUCCAAAAGAAGAUAGAAAAGCAAAAUGAGUUAAUUCAGCCCGAAAUAACAGAAUUGGAAAAGUGAACAAGUUGAGGAAGGAUCUUCCUGGAACAUGAUGCAAACUAGUGUAUUUUUGCAGUGUAAAUCUGCUUUAACUUAAAGAGCUGCAAGGUUUACAAAAAGUGCAUAGGUAGUAGCUGGGCAUAUGCAUAGGGAUGAAUCACCUACAUGUAUGAGGGUUUCCAUUCUAUUUGAUGUUUAAUAAAAGCAGCCUUAAACAAGAAGGAGUGAAAAUAUUUUGUGUUGAUAGAUUUUUGAUCGCACCUUUUGUCAUUCUUCUGGAAAUCUGUUGU